AUGAUGGUUAAUAUAUGGCUUCUUGCCUUGGUGUUACAAUUAUUACAUGGGGUGACAGGUUCCUUGGUAAAACUCAACAAUGGUGGGUUUGAAGACAUUGUUAUUGCAAUUAAUCCUCAGUUACCAGAAGAUGACAAAAUUAUCAACAGUUUAAAGGAAAUGGUUAAAGAGGCAUCUACUUAUCUGUUCAAUGCUACAGAACAAAGAUUUUAUUUCAAGACUGUAAAAAUUAUAGUUCCUUUGACAUGGACAAGCAAAAGUGAAUACAGAAGAGUAACCAUAGAAUCCUAUGAAAAGGCAGAUGUCAUAGUAGCUGAUCCUUUCCUGAAAUAUGGAGAUGAUCCAUAUACCCUGCAAUAUGGUGGAUGCGGAGAACAGGGACGAUAUAUUCAUUUCACAUCAAACUUUCUAACAAAUGACAGUUUGCAUGAUGUCUAUGGAUCACGAGGUAGAGUCUUGGUCCAUGAGUGGGCUCAUCUCAGAUGGGGUGUAUUUGAUGAAUACAACAAUGAUGCACCUUUCUAUCCUGCUGGGCAAAACAGGGUUGAAGCAACAAGGUGCUCAGCUGAUGUCACUGGUAAAUAUGUAUUCUCAACUAAAGAUGGAAAAACCAGGACAUGCAGAUAUGAUCAUCGAACUCAGGUGUAUGAAGCUGGGUGCCAGUUUGUACCAGAUAGAAAGCAAAGUACUCCAGCAUCUAUAAUGUACAUGCAAAGUCUCUCUUCAGUUAUUGAAUUCUGCAACAACAAUAGCCAUAACAUUAAUGCAACAAAUAUGCAUAACAAACUAUGCAAGUACAGAAGCACUUGGGAAGUAAUUGCGUCCUCUAAAGACUUUGCUAGUUCAUCUCCAUUAAGUGCUCUUCCACCUGACCCAACUUUCUCCUUGCUACAAACCCAGGAUAGAGUUUUGUGUUUAGUACUUGAUGUUUCCGGUAGUAUGGCCUCCUAUAAUCGCAUUAAUCGCCUGAAGCAAGCUGCAGAAAUAUUUAUCCGUCAGAUUAUUGAAACAGGUUCGUGGGUUGGAAUUGUCACAUUCAAUAGUGCUGCAACAAUUCGAACUGAUCUGCAACACAUAACCAGUGACAGUGUGCGUGAUUCUCUUGUAUGUGUUCUGCCUACAUCAGCUGGUGGAGGAACUAAAAUCUGUUCAGGAGUGCAAAAAGGAUUUCAAGUUUUUUUACAGAAGUACAAAAGUACUGAGGGCUGUGAAAUUAUACUGUUAACAGAUGGAGAAGAUUCAACUGUAAGUUCUUGCUUUGGUGCAGUUGAACAAAGUGGCUCAAUAAUUCAUACUAUUGCCUUAGGGCCAAGUGCUGCAGAAGAACUAGAAAUGUUGGCAAACAAGACAGGAGGUUUGAGAUUUUCUGCCACUGAUAACUUGGAUUCCAACAGUCUUAUAGAAGCUUUCACUGGAAUUUCUUCAAGGGAUGGAAAUAUCUCACAACAAGCUAUUCAGCUUGAAAGCAAAGGUCAGAACAUCAAACCCAUGGACUGGCUGGAUGGUACUGUGUCAAUUGAUAAAACUGUGGGAAAUGACACUUACUUCAUAGUUACUUGGAGUGUCAGUGUGUACCCACCUGGAAUAUUCCUGACUGAUCCAAAAGGGAGAAAAUACAGGCAAACGGACUUUGUCAUUGAUAAUACCAAUCUCCAUAUGGCUCGACUCAAGAUCAAUGGAACUGCAGAGGCAGGAGACUGGAGUUAUGCAAUCCAAAGUACACACACAGCAGGAGCUCAAGUCAUAUCGAUGACAGUCACCACUCGAGCUGCGUCUCUGACUGUGCCUCCAGUGACUGUGAAGUCCUAUUUGAAUAAAGAUACCAAUAACUACCCUAAUCCAAUGAUCAUUUAUGCAGAAGUGAGUCAGGGUUUUUUGCCUGUUAUUGGUGCAAAUGUCACAGCCACUGUUGAACCAGCAUCUGGCACUGUUGUAGAAUUAGAACUUUAUGACACUGGUUCAGGUGCUGACAUUCUCAAGCAUGAUGGAAUCUACUCAAGAUAUUUCACAUCUUUCAAUGGAGAUGGAAGAUACAACAUAAAAAUACGUGUCCAAGGGAAAGAUAAGACUGUCAGACGUGUCCGUAGAUAUAGUCAAGCUCUGUAUGUGCCAGGAUAUGUAGAAAAUGGUGUAAUAAAAAUGAACAUGCCAAGACCUGAAGUCAGUGAGGAUGAAAUCCAACCAGACAUUGGAAAUUUCAGCAGAAUUGCAUCAGGAGGUUCUUUUGUACUGGCAGGAGCUCCUCCAAGUGGUUCAAGUCCUCCUCCAGAUGUCUUUCCACCCUGUAAAAUCACUGACCUUGAAGCGCAGUUAGAAGAUGAUGAAUUCCUUUUGUCCUGGACAGCUCCUGGGAAUGACUAUGAUAUUGGGAAAGUGGAAAGAUAUGAAAUAAAAAUGAGUAAAAAUCCCUUGGAAUUAAGAGAUGCUACCUUUCAUACAGCCAUUUCUGUGAACACAUCUGGUCUGACAACUGAGUUUGCAGGGAUCAAACAAUCCUUUCAAUUUAAGCCUGAAAACUUCACAAAAGAAAAUGGCACCACCAUCUACUUUGCAAUUCGUGGCAUUGAUGACAGCAACAAUGUUGGAGAAGCAUCCAAUAUAGCAAGAACAGUUGUCCUUGUUUCCACAUUUCCUACUACCCUCCCUAAAAACAAUAACAGCAUUAUAAAUACAACGACCAUUAUAGUGAUCAUAGUAUGUGCAUCUGUAGUUGUUAUUUGUGCUAUUAUAAGUAUAACAAUAUGUGUUUUAAAAAGAAAACCCAGAAAUCCUGCAUCAGCAAUGUUGUUCUUUCUGAAAACUGUGCAGACCAUUCAUGCAGUAACAAGAUUUGUAAGGUCAAUUUUAUUAAAUCCAGUGGUCAAGGAAAGGAUAAGUGCGGAUGUGAAGAACUUCUUCAAAGAAAAUGAAACAGAGGGUAUGUCUCCAGCUCUGCUUUGGGAUUGCAUGAAGGCGGUGAUUAGAGGCGCGCUGAUUGCGGCUUCAUCUAGAAUCCGGAGAGAUAGAGAAAGGGAGAGGACAGAAAGGUUGGAACGUAUUGCCAGAUUGGAAAAGGAACAUAAGGCAAAGGGCAGCAUCAAAGUCCUUCGACAAUUAAAUGCAGAGCGCAAACUACUGGAUGCGCUAGAAACCUCUCAAAUUCAAAAAAACCUAAUGUAUUUAAAACAGAAAUUCUGGCUGAAGUCCCCUAAGAACGUGCAAAUCCUAGCUUGGAGAGUGAAGAGCAAAAGGAAGUCAAACCUCGUUGGAUCGGUCCUAGACAACAAGGGGGCCAAGCAAUACGCGGCAAAGGACAUAGCGCAGACGUUUGCAGACUUUUAUGCCGUUCUUUAUAAGUCAAGGUUACCCAAUCCGGGAGAGGUGGGGCGUUAUCUGAACGCGGAUACGUCAAUACCCACUCUAGCUCAUCAACAUGUGGACUUGCUAGAAGAGCAGAUCUCUCCGUUAGAAUUGAAGGAAACAAUAAAAGGUCUUAAAAACAACAAGGUAACUGGCCCUGACGGUCUUCCCUCUGAAUUUUACAAAACCUUUCAAGAACCACUGCUUGACCAUCUCCUCAAGGUCUGUAACGGAGUCCUGCUACAGGGUGUCUUGCCGAGAUCUUGGGCCGAAUCAAUUAUAACAGUGAUCCACAAAGAAAAUAAAGAUCCCACCUCCCCUUCCUCCUACAGACCAAUCGCGUUACUGAACCACGAUAACAAAAUAUUCACCACAAUCUUGGCCAAUAGGCUGAAAACUUUCAUCUCUAAUUACAUUAAUCCUGACCAGACGGGCUUCAUCCCGGGUCGACAAAUAACUGACAACAUCCGUAGAACGCUGGAGAUCAUUAUCCAUAGGAAAAAAAUUCAGGAAGAGGCCUUAAUACUUGCGUUGGACUUUGAAAAGGCGUUCGACUCGGUGGAGCCCCUGUAUAUAGUAUCCCUUUUUAAAAAGAUGGGCUUUGGCGGCAACUUUUUAAGGGCCAUCCAGGCAAUAUACUCAAGUAACACUGCCAGGAUCAGGAAACCAUACUUGAACUUUGGAACAGACUUAAACUGGGUAGUUGAUAUAAUAACUCUGUCUCCUACUUUCAAGAGCUUCUGCUGCCCCUGCUAUAACAAGGAGCUGCAGGCAGUGAAGCUGCAGAGAUAA